AUGGGGCCCCCGGGCAAUAGGGGAUCAUGGGGCCCCUGUGUCCUUGCCAAAACUCAAAAAAAGCCUAUGAAAAAGGUAUUUAGCAGUUUAUAAUGACUAAAAUUGCAUUUCCAUGCUCUGUGCGCUAUGAGAGACCAGAUAUAGUGAGUGCAGGGUCCUGGGUUUGGUAAAACUUUAACCACUUGCCAGGGGCGGACUGACAACUCAUGGGGCCCCCGGGCAAUAGGGAUCAUGGGGCCCCUGUGUCCUUGCCCAAACUCAAAAAAGCCUAUGAAAAAGGUACCAGGGGCAUCUCAAGGGGCCCCCUACUGACCCCGGGCCAUCGGGCAGUGCCCGAGUUUCCAAAUGGUCAGUCUGCCCCUGCC